AAAAAAGCUGCAUACGCAGCACCUAGCCCACGCAACACGGUAUCAAAGUUGGCCUGCCCUUCUUCCUCCUCCGCUCUUUCUUCCAACUUCGACAACCGUCUCUUCUUCUAAAUCAUCUCUUUGCAUCCACCUCAAUCAUCAACUCGCACAUCCAUCCCUCGGACCUCCCAGAAAAUAUAUAGUUUCUUGGUUACACUACCAUGCCACCUUUCACGGCUACCGCCAUGCCUGACAUCGAAAUAUCCAACCAACAAUGGGGUGACCUCUCAGCAGCGCACCACAACAUCCUUCCUUAUGGCAAUGAUCUGUCGCAGGAGGCGAGCGACAUGCUCAGUAACAUCAUUCAGCACUUUGAUCUCUGUCUAAAAUCGGAGGACUGGGCGCCAGGCGCUCUCUACUGGGCGAAGCAAUUGAACCAAUAUCUUGAUUUGAAGUACACGUUGCCCAAGGAGACACGUGUUGCAUUCGCAAAGGCUUUUUGGGAGCUCACGACCGCACCAGGCAUGGAUGCCACCAUGGUUGAAGUCUGGUGUCAAUACUGCCGUCGCUUGAUCAAGAAGAAGGACUUGAUCGGACCAAAAGACCUGACCCUUCCCUGGCGACCGCUCUACGACAUUCUCGAAAGGACAUUGUUCCCCAAGAGCAGGCAAAGAUCAUUGCUAUCAGAAUCUAAGCGCAUGGCAAGGGUGGUUCGUCUCAUCGAGGAUGCGCAAAGGUUUUUUCCACCAGAGGCAUCUGUAGAGAUUCUGGAGGAAUUUCUUCCGCUGAUGAGUACAGGAAAUUUGCCUGAACUACUUAAGGCCCAGUCAUAUCUCACCACAUUCUUGCCGACGGAUAUCGAAUCAGGAACGGACCCUCGUGAGUGGAUGCCCGCCAUUUUCAGGCUAUGGUCCCUGGUCGCGAGAUCGAGCGAAUUCGAUCGCAACUUUUUGUCGCUCAUGGGACGGGUAGCUCAAGACAACGUUGGUGUCAGGGAUAUGUUCACGCAAGCCCAAGUGCGUACCAUUUUUUCCGCUGGUCUGAGCGCGCUGAACCUGCCCGUUGGAAAAGGUCAGCGCACAAACAGCGUCGAUGUAGAAGGAGGCACCUCACACAAGGCUGUCGGCCGAAACGAUAUGAGGAUGAUUUCGUUUGUGAUGUUUAUCGUCAAUACGAUCAGCCCGAUCUCGGAAAAAGAAAACCCAAAGUCGUCCUCGCUAGCCCAUCUCAAUGAUCUGAUUCAAGCGACUGAAUCCUUCUUCCAUCCUUCGAAUUCUGGACAAUGGUCGUACGUAUUGGCGCUCUUUUUACAUUCGUUGUCUUGGGACUAUUUGAAACGAGUCAAAGAGGAGGAAGAUCCCAAGUGCAUGACUCCACAGGAACUCCGAUUGACUCCGGAGCUCAACAACAAGUUUGUGGAGGCGGUAAAGGGCGUGACAUUCCUGAUGAUGUUCUCGAAGGACCAGCGAGCAGUAGCACAGACCAACAUGACAUUAAGGCACCUGGCCUGGAUCGCACCCAGACUCAUUAUCCCUGGCGUACUGGAGCGGGCAUAUCCUUCCCUCGAAUCCCUGACGGAGACGCAUCGAACGACCAGUGUCAUUUCCGCCAUGAGCUCGUUGGCUAUACCGCUGUUAAACCGUGACCAUUAUCCUCAAGGCGGAAAACAUCUCUUGCCUUUGCUUCAUCUCACCGUCCCUGGUGUCGAUUUGAACGAUCCCGGAAAGACGUGGUACACACUGCUGUUUGUCACCUCCAUGAUUUCAACAGUACCUAUCCGAGACUUGACGGAUUUUGGUAGCGCAGGCUUCCAGUGGGGAGGCAUGGAGGAGGAUAUACUGGACUCUGAGGAGAUCGUGGACUUGGAACUGGAGGAUUCGAACAGGAAGGCGACGACAGCCGAGUUUGAGGAAUGGGUUAUGAAGUUUCUGCGCCGCGCCAUCCGUAUGUUUGAGAAUUAUCCGGAUAUCAGCCAAGGAAGCAAGAAUACUGUCGAGAGCUCCGUCACUGGAACCAUUUCGUAUUGCUUCGAGAUCCUCUUUGGCCAGUUGUCAACUAAGCUGUAUGAUUUGACGACAAAACUCGUCAUCGAGCUAUUGGAAUCUGCACCCCUGACCAAUGCUGGAAAAGCCAUGGGUUCUUUUAUCGCAUCCUGGGCCCAUGCCAACCCCAAGAACGCCAUGGCCAGGGUAUUUCCUAUUCUCGACAGGAUGAUUCGAUCAGAGCUCGAACACGGGGCCAGUUCUGUACCUUCGUUGGCCUAUUCUCACAUGCAUCGUGACGACUCUCUGCACUACUAUCAAGGUCUGUUGAAUCAGCUCCUUGUCAAUGCGGAGAUCACUGGAUAUAAAUCGGAAAUCAUCAGUCUCACGACCCUGAUGAUGGAGAAGUGUCAGGAUCGUCGAGGCUACAAGUUGGCGGCCAAGGCAAUGGUCUCAACUUUGCAGAACUUGCUCUUCACGUACACCAUGGAUAUUCGUUCGCAUGAUCCUAGCAAGUGGGAAGACGAAGCAUUUAUGUCGGAGUCGCACAUGCAUUGGGGCGCCCUGGGUGAGCCGGGUUCUGAUCAAGUGACUUGGCACAAACCCUCGCAGGAUGAGAUCGACUUCGCAAUCGAACUUAUUGAAAAGUUCCACGUACCAUCUAUGGCGCGCGCUCGGGAACUGAUGACAUCUACCAUGCUAGAAGGAAAGCAGCUUUCGAUCGAGUUCUGCAAAUCCAUCACAACAAUGAAAGCAUUUAUCACUGGUAUGGUGACGUUGGUCGAGGACGAUGGCGAUAGCCCCGUGUCAAAAGCCAGUUUGGGUGAAGACAUGGAUUCUGUGCAACCAAUGAAGCGUAUUGAGGUCGGAUAUUGCCUCAGAGACCUAAAUGACCCACGCACUCAGAGGAUGCGGAAGAUCCGCGAAGAAACAGGCCAGCUGUUGCACGAGCUCAUGGUGUUUUUUCACACACAACGUGAGGAUGAUGUUGAGAACGUCAAAGUUCUAGUUAAGGCGACGCGCGUUUUUCUUUCGGAUCACGGUGUUGACAGCAGCAGCUACGACAACAACAAGAAGGGAUACAGCUUUUUGAAGCAGAUGUACAAGAUCCCUGGCGACAAGAAACUGUACCCUCGCUUGUUGCGAUGCAGACGCGCAGCUGCCCAACAUUUUAUGAGACUGAAGGUCAAUUCCUGUGGAAGAGCAAAGACCGAGCUGCACGAUGCGCUGAUUCUCGACUUGACGGAUCUCUCUCUGAGUCAGUACACAGAUGUGAGAAAGAAAUCACAACAUGCCCUUCUCAAGGCUGUGCGGUGCUACCAGGGAGCCAAGAACCUUGUGCUCCCUAUCUUGCUGAAGGCUUUAGAGAGCUCAAAUACAGACUUUGAGAGGAUAAAAGGCGCACUGUUCCUUCUCAGCUCAAAGACCUUGGCGCUGCCUUGCCUUCGAGACUGGCGCUUCGCACCCGAUUAUGUCUUGCGCCUCUGCACGAUGCACCAUGCCGAUAAGCCUAGUGUGCAGCAAUUAGUCCGAAAGUGCUUCCUUGAAUACGUCAUGAACUUGACAAAUGUCUCGUUCAAGGUUCUGGUGAGCAACGAUUUCUCGAGUGCGAUUCAACAAUUCAGCGACCUCCAUGGUCUGAAGUGCGACCCAGAUACGCUCAGCCGCGUGACUACUAAGGCGAAGAAUCGCCGUUUGAACAACGUCAAGGCGUACGACAAUCUGGUAGUGUCCUUAACAGAGUUGGCCAAGGAUGAGACGCUGCACUGGCGGUACCAGACCAUGGUGAUGAGCUUCCUUGAGCUCUACAUGCGUCCAGAGAUCCCUGUCAGUCUCGAUCUGGCGCAGUUUGAGACCAACGGUCUACUCUCAGAGAUGCCCACUGUCCGCCGGAUUGCGCUGUCUAGUCUAAGUAUCAUCAUGGUCAACAUCAAGGUCCGAACGUUUGCACAGGGCGAUCCUUACAGUCUGAUUACUCGCAAGGCGACGAAUCCAUUGAGGCGAUAUGUGACAUUGCCAGAGAAUGUGCCUGACAAUUUCACUUUGGAAUAUCUGAGGGCAUCCGUCACUGAGAUCAACUAUGAUCAGCCAGAGUCGUGCCUGCUGGAUGAUUCGAUUGCAACUGGAUGGCUGGUGUGGCCAAAGUCUUACAAGGCGUACUUACCCCGCACGGAGUCGUUUGAGAUGCCCGAGGUCGAUGCCGAAUCUCGACCUGCGUAUGAGCAUCUGCAGCAGUUCUUUGGCCAGGCGUCCUUCUGGGAAAAGCUGAUUGAAUUCAUGGCCCAGGAACCUGUUCGUGGUGAACGACAUGAUUCCUUCAGUAGUGAACAUGCAAGGCUGUUCAAAUCGAUCUUUGGACUCUGGGAGGACAAGUUCUUGGAUGUUGUGGAGCCUGUGGUCGUCAAGCUGUGCUCAACAGUCGAUGACAAGAACGCACAACGAACAGCGACAGAGCUGAUCGGAGGUCUUAUUCGUGGAAGCAAACACUGGAAAAAGUCGUCGCUCGAUCGCAUGUGGGCUUGGCUGACACCUGUGCUGAAGAAAGCCUUCCAACUGUGCACUCCUGAUUCACUAGUCUAUUGGGAGCGAUUUGUCAAGUAUGUUUGCUCCUUCCGCGACCCUCGUAGACUCUUGCCCUUGGUCUCUUUGAUCUUCAACACUCCCCUGGACAAGGACUCGACUGCAGCCUUUUCUGAAUCGAAGAACCUGUUUUUUACGCGCGCAGUUCUCGUGUCGCUGUCUUGGCGCGUAUCGUUGCUGACGCCAGCGUUAAGGGAGGAUUGCCUGGGACAUAUCACACACCCGUACAAACAGGUGCGCGAGAUCCUUGGACAUGUCAUUAAUGAGUACUUCCAGAUCAUGCCGCAUCCCUCGUACAAGAGUGUAGCCGAGUUUUUAAAAGUGCAGAAGAGUGAAGGAGAUGCACGGAGCACGAUGGUGGACUCGUUGGACGAAAAGUCGGCGCACCAAAUAUCGGUUCUGGUCCAGAGUUUGGAAAAGUGGAGAAUUGAGCGUCCGCCUGCCAUUCAAGGAGCGUCCGACUACACCAAUGCCAGCAAGACCGUGUUGUCCUGGGUUUACCAGGCGUUGUCGGGAUUCCGUGUACAGGCGACGUAUGGGGUUGUGUUGCCACUGAUUCCUGAACUGUUCCAGAUGCAGGACAUUCCAGACGACCAGGAUCUUCAGCAGUUAGCGACUCUUUCACUGCUCCAGCUUGCGCGCUUUGUUUACCCCGCCACGAUGGUCCCUGAGAUGGUUGACAUGUUUUGCAAGAUUCUGAAGGAGUCAACGAGCUGGCAUGUGCGCAACAACGUACUUCCGGUGGUGCAGAUAUUUUUUUACACGAAUUUGUUCUCGAUGGACGUUAAUAUGAUGGUCAAGGUUAUGGAUGCCGUAUCUGGCAUGCUUCUUGAUCCACAAAUUGAGGUUCGUCAACUGGCGGCGUCGACAUUGUCGGGCAUUGUUCGGUGCUCACAGCGCGAUGCGAUUCAGAAGCUGAUCCCACAUUUCAAAGAGCUGCUUCUUUCGACACCACUACCCUCUCGCAAGAAGCGCGAUCCAUCUGGCGCAAAGGGCCCGUUGCCGGAGGGAUACUCAGAUGCGCUGGUGAAGCGACAUGCGGGAGUACUGGGUCUGUCUUCGUUGUUGGAGGCAUUUCCGUACGAUGUGCCAAAGUGGAUGCCGCCGGUGAUGGUGUUCUUGGAGGGGUACUUUUCAGACCCGCCACCGGUGUCAACAACGGUCAAGAAGGCGUUUGGAGACUUUAAACGGACACAUCAGGAUACGUGGCAUGAGGAUCAGAAGCGGUUCAGUCUGGAUGAACUUGAGGUUUUGAGCGAUAUGUUGAUUUCACCAAGCUAUUAUGCGUAGAGUGCUGGAUUUUGAAGGGAACUGAACUAUCACUUGUGAUAAUAAAUUGUUGAACAAACCUGUC